AUGGUUGCCGAAAGUUCUAGCAUUGAUAAUACUGCCAACGACGUUGAAGCUCAAAGACCAGUCUAUGAACCAAAAUAUGACGAUUCUGUCAAUGUGUCACCAUUGAAAAACCAUAUGAUUGCCUUUUUAGGGGAAUUUUUCGGUACUUUUAUCUUUUUAUGGGUUGCAUUUGUUAUUGCUCAAAUUGCUAAUCAAGAUCCAACUAUUCCUGAUAAAGGUUCCGACCCAAUGCAAUUGAUUAUGAUUUCAUUUGGUUUCGGGUUUGGAGUUAUGAUGGGUGUAUUUAUGUUUUUCAGAGUUUCCGGGGGUAAUUUGAAUCCUGCUGUUACUUUAACUUUGGUAUUGGCUCAAGCUGUUCCACCAAUUAGAGGUCUUUUCAUGAUGGUUGCUCAAAUGAUUGCUGGUAUGGCUGCUGCUGGUGCCGCUUCUGCCAUGACCCCAGGUCCAAUUGCCUUCACUAAUGGUUUAGGUGGUGGUGCUUCUAAAGCAAGAGGAGUAUUUUUGGAAGCUUUCGGUACUUGUAUCUUGUGUUUAACUGUUUUAAUGAUGGCUGUUGAAAAAUCAAGAGCUACUUUUAUGGCUCCAUUCGUCAUUGGUAUUUCUUUGUUUUUGGGACAUUUAAUUUGUGUUUACUACACUGGUGCUGGUUUGAACCCUGCUAGAUCUUUUGGUCCAUGUGUUGCUGCCAGAUCUUUCCCAGUUUAUCACUGGAUUUAUUGGGUUGGUCCAAUUCUCGGUUCAGUUAUUGCCUUUGCCAUUUGGAAAAUCUUCAAAAUCUUAAACUACCAAACCUGUAACCCAGGUCAAGAUUCUGAUGCUUAA